CCAAUCAGGAGCAGACUGGCUCCCCCUAAUUCCCAUUGUCUGUGAGGAAAGCUGAAAUAAUGAAAACCAGGCGCGGAUGAGGGAUACAGAGAUUCAAAAGAGGCCGCUUUUGAAACAGGUUGGGGGGGGGAAAGCUGUGGGUGUGGGGGUUUGGAGAUGCUGUUUGCAGCGACAGGCGGCCGUCGUUACCUCCCUUAAGAGACAGACAAUCCCUGGGAAAGCGAGCAAGUUGCAACUGCGGUGGAGUGGGGUGGGGGAAGGCUGGAUAUAUUUUCUGGGCUGCGUUCAUUCCCCCCCCUGGAGGAGCUGCAGGGAAAAGUUGGCGGGGCACCGUCUCUCCCUCCCCCGCCCUUCGGACCCAGCACAUCGACUCCUAACACGCCGGAUUCCUGGUUCCGAAGUCACUUUCGCCUCGACGUUUACCGGAGCGGCUGCAAAUGGCAAACUGCAGGGAGUCCCCACCCGGGAGAUUUCUAUGAAGUCCGUUCUUGAGAGGCAAGUACGUGUGACUUUAGUGAGUUUGAACUCUCCAUGUCGUUCAUGAGUUCUGAUGCUUGCCAGAGGAUGGGAUAUUGGAGAUGGAAAUAGGAGAAUUUGCAGUCAACCAUCAACGAUCCACACACCAGCUUUCAUUAAUCUGAGUUCUUCAAUGGUAGACCUGAAGACAUCGCUGGAUGAAUGUAUGUCAGCUAUGGACUUGUUUCUUAAUAACCAAUUCAGUGAGAGUCUGGAGAUGCUGAAACCAAGGGUGAAGGACAGCAUGUACCAUGCGCUGAUAUAUGCCACCAUUUUGGAAAUGCAGGCAAUGAUGACCUUUGAACAUGAUGACAUCAUCAGUGCGGGACACACGAUGAAAGAAGCACAGGAGAUUUGCCAAAGGUUCCGGAAGAAGUCGACUGUUGUUGGUUCUCUCUCGAGUCUUGUGAACAAACCGGCUGGUGACCACUUCACAGAAGAGGAGGUCCAUGCAGAGGUUUGCUAUGCAGAGUGUUUACUGCAGCGAGCAGCUCUCACCUUCUUACAGGAUGAGAACAUGGUCAGCUUUAUCAAGGGUGGAAUUAAAGUCAGAAGCAGCUUCAUGAUUUACAAGGAGCUCCACAAUUUUCUGCAGUCAAACCUCUUCAUCAAAGGACCGAACCACUCGCAUUUAGAAGGAGGGGUUUCCUUAGGAAUUGGAGCAUUCAACUUGACGCUGUCACUGUUCCCCACACGGAUCCUGAAAUUGUUGGAGUUUGCCGGCUUCUCUGGUGACAAGGAAUAUGGUCUGUCCCAGUUACAUGAUGGAGUGCUGGUGCCCAACCUUCGAGAGAUUCUCUGUGUCAUGCUGCUGCUGUGUUACUAUACCUUCCUCACCUUCAUACUUGGUACAGGAGAGGAGGAGGUCACAGAUGCAGUGGUUCUCCUUCAGCCCUACCUCAUUCGCUAUCCCAAGGGAGCAAUAUUCUUAUUCUUUUCGGGAAGAAUUGAAGAAAUCAAAGGGAACCUUGAUGAGGCAAUCAGAAGGUUCGAGGAAGGCUGUGCUGCACAACAAGCUUGGAAGCAGUUCCAUCACAUGUGCUACUGGGAGCUGAUGUGGUGCUUCACCUAUAAGCAGCUGUGGAAGGUGGCUUAUUUCUACGCUGACCUCCUCAGCAAAGAGAAUCGCUGGAGUAAGGCUAUGUACGUCUACAUGAAAGCAGCUUACCUGAGUAUGCUACCUGCACACGAAGCAAAGCCCUUCGGGGACGAUGAGGUCGAACUCUUCAGACAAGUCCCUCUGCUAAAGCAGAAGAUAGCUGGGAAGUCUCCUCCCACAGAGAAGUUCGCUAUUCGAAAAGCCAGAAGAUAUAAAUCCAACAACACUGUGAGGCUACCUGUACCAGCCCUGGAGAUGAUGUACAUGUGGAACGGAUUUACAGUCAUCGGUAAACAGCGGGAUCUUACGGAAGAGAUGCUGAGAACAAUCAGCGAGGCGGAGACUGUGCUCGAACAGGCAGCACCUAAUGACUACCUGACGGAUGAUAGGUGUGUGGUGAAACUCUUGAAAGGCUUAUGCUUGAGGCAUUUGGGAAACGUCUUGGAAGCUGAGCAGUGUUUUGUCUACAUAUACCACAAUGAGAAGAACAUUAAGUUUGACCACUACUUGAUUCCAAAUGCACUUCUGGAGCUCAGUCUGUUAUAUAUACAACAGGCGAGGAAAGAGGAAGCUAUUAAAUGGCUGAGGCGAGCAAAGCAAAACUACAAGGACUAUUCCAUGGAAUCUCGGACGCUCUUCCGAAUACAUGCUGCUCUUUCCAAACUGAAGGCAGAGAAAGAUGAGAAUGGGUUUGAAGUGACUGCCCUCUAGAGGUGAACCCAACCCAAUGCAAAAUGGAGGACUGAGUAAACAUUAAAAAUGGGUCAAUGUAGGGGUAAAAUCAAAAGGCCAGGAAAUACGUGGGAGUUGAAUUUUAAUGCUGUGGGACAUUUAUGAGCUUGGGGGAGCUGGUCUGCCCACACUGAAUCUCAGACUCAUAUGGCUCAUAAACAUUGUCCUGCGGCAUUUUGAUUUGAGGGCAGGAGGUGGAAAGUGUUGCCGUGGUGACACGUCAAGAUGCCGUAUUUCAAUACCGAUGCAGCGCACCCCUCUCCGUCGUUCUUCUGACAUUUUUUGGGGCUUGGGGUCUUAAACAAAAACGUCACAGGUUGCUUUUAUCAACCUGAGAACAUCACACACAUACUGAGUGAGAAAUGCCUUUUUAUUAAUGUCGAGGCAACAAGCUGAGAAAAGGACUCUCAGAAGACAUUACAGAAAGGACUGUGUACUUUUCGAUUUUCUUACUGUUUCCUAUUUUGUCACGAUUAAACCAGGUUUUAUUUUUGGAAGCCCCAGGGUUUAGAGGUUACUUUGUUAGUAUGACUACAUUAAUUUAAAUAAGAAUGUGUUUUGUAAAACAAAAAAGUGGCUUCCUGAGCUAGGUUCUUCCUCAAAGUACUGUAUUGGGAGAUAGAGACAAUAAGAAAACUUUCCCUUGCAAAAAAUGAUUUAACAUUUUACUGAUGUUUACACUUUUGACUGAAAUAAGGGCAAGCAUUGAAAUGCGUUGAUAUGGCUUCACUUUUUUUUAAAUUGGGCGAUGAUCAACUUCCCUUCGGUUUUAUAAAUAGGAUUAGAUGAUUCAGUUCUGGUUGGCGAAUGGAAUCAGAUGUGAAUACUUCGGAUAGGUGAUUUGCUGUUUAUUCUGGAGUGUGAUACGAUUUUCAGGAAAGUUUUGAUAUCCUGUAUUUAAAUGACGUUGAGUGACCCAGUGGCUAGUGCCUGAAACUCAACUGCUGAGUUUAAUGUCUUGUCUUUGGGUGGUGUAAUUAAGAACAUAGAUUCUGUUGAAGUGGUCAGAGACUUGGAUGAUGAGUGAACUAUCCCCACAAACAAUUGUUUUGCUGCCCCUACCUCUUCCAAAUCUGUUGUUCUCAUUACCAGCUUGCAGUGUUACUAUCUGCAUGGUCUUGCAGAACUUCAGUCUUGUUGAACAGAAAGACGUGUUUCCAAAAUUUCUCGUCUCAUACACAUCGGGACAAACUCAAGAAUGCCACACUUCACACCAGGCCAGGUAUGUAGGCUGUACAUCCUAGACAAUAGCUUAUCAGAACAAACAGCACAUUCUUUAUGUUGAUCGUAAUGGGCCAAGUGCAGAUUACACCCCACCAGACUGUGCUUGCCAAGCCCAAAGAAAUCAUCAGCUGUUCAAAUGCGAUUUCAUGAUUGGACAGUGCAUGCUGAUUAAUCCCAAGUGCGCUAUUAAUUUCAAUUCAGAAACAACCUAAGAUAAUCACUAAGCUUUUAAUGUGGCUCAUUAGUGUUUGCCAGGUGUGACGUACAUUCAGACACAGGGACUCCGUCUCUGUAAACAUGUUCAUGCCUUGGGCCUUUUUCAAAUUAUCUAUGGUUUAAAUCUGCUGCUGUGGCUUUACUCUAUUUUCAAAUUGCACAAUGAUCAAUUCCCUUAGUUUUAUCAACAAGACUUGAUGAUUUGGUUCUACUGGGUGAAUAGGACUGGACACAAGACUUACUGUUUAACACAACACAAAAAUUCAUUACGACUAUUUUUGUUUAUUGUUCCCUAUUGCUUCUCCAUGACAACAUCUUGGCUAAUCACAAGUAUACUUGCCAACCAAUCAUUUCUCUUGUAAUAUAAAUUGUUUAGUUGUUGGAAAUUUCUCUACCCAGCAGCAUCACCAACAUUGGUUUUGCUCCAUCAUCUGGCACAAGGUCAUUCUUAGUUUGAGAGCAUUGGUGGGCUGUCUGAUUGUGGAGAGAAUCACAAGGAACCUUAAUCCUGUUUUCAUCUGAUAUCAACACAGGGUACGGAGGAAUAUGGCCAUGGGUGAAAACACGAACUGAUUGUCCCCUUUGUUCAGUGAUGAGAAGGCCAAUUGUCACACCUGACCCUAACCAACAGCUCUACAAGGCUCUAGUAGAUAAUUGCAAUGUCCGAUUGGGACAUUAGCCUCAUUAUCUAAUUCCUGGCACUACGAUGGCAAAUCAGUUUACUGUCUUGUAUUAGCAGCCAAUGCAGUGAGCUAAUUUGAAGACUGACCCAAAAGGAAACCGUCAGCCAAUGGCUCAGUUUUCUGUCAAAAAUGAGCAACUUUGGGAAUGUCAAGUUAUAACUGAGCCAUUGGUAAUGUGACCACCCAAUUACCCAGAAGGUGCUUGAUGCUGUUUGACCCAUUGUUGUUCAUCCAGAGGAUUCUGUCCCUCCCCCUUUAUCCCCCACUCUUCCAAUUGGCUAAAAUUUCUCUUCAAUGGUUUCUACCUCCAUCUUAAUCACAAGUCCAUACCACAGGCUGACUCCUUGUUCCCAAUAACUUGUGCUUCUUAGACUAGAGUGGAGUGGAAGCUAAAUGACAAUUGUAUAAAACUUCUGGAGCACUUUGGUGUAACUGCCCAUAAAUAACAGAAUGGAUGUGUUAGUCUGGGGAAUGGUAUCAAGGUUAAAUAGUUAAAUUGAGCACAGGUAAGCAUACACUGGAAUUCAUAACACUAAAGUAUGAUGCGAUUAAGGUUUUUAAUUUUAUUUAAUACAGAGUAGUCAGGAUAUGGAUGCACUACCCGGAAGUGUGACUGUAUAAGGUACAAUUGAGGCAUUCAGGAGCAUUGUGGUUAACUAUUUGGACAGAAAGGACACAAGGGUAUGGGGGACAAAGCAGAAAAUUGCCUACUGCCAAUGAUGCGCCGAAUGGCUGCCUUUGCUUCCAAAACACACUGUGAUAAGGUAGACAGAAAGUAGCAACUUCCUCAGGUGUGGAAGGUCAAGAACUCAAAAAGCAUAUGGGGGAAUGGAAAUCUGGAAGUAAGGUGGAUAGAUGUUGUUAAGAUGCAGAACAGUCAACAAUCUCACUGAAUAGUAGUAUAGGUUUAGGAGAUGAUUGGCCUCUGCCUCCUUUUAUGUUUAACUCAUAUCACCCCUUUGUUCUCCUGCCAACUUAACCUUAAGUUUGAAUGUCAUGGAGUGACCCAUUCUGCACAGCCUGCAAUAAUCACUGGUUAUUAUACCUUGCAAAUCACCCUUGUGACUCUGUUGUGUCCUAACUCUGACACAGGGCAAUGUGGGAUCCAAACUCUGCCUCACCUUCCCGCAAUGUGAAAUUAAACUGUUGCAAUUAAAACCAUUGAAAAUAAGCUUUUAGAAAGGAGUUUUGGACUAGAGCUAACUGAAAUUUGAUCCAGACGUGCAACAGAAAUUCCUGUCACAUUCCUCGGAAAAGGUUGGCCCCAGUUUCCAGUUGGUUGAAUGGAUUAGUGACUAUUCCUUACGGAUGCAGACUGCUGCCCAUCUGCUUUUCCUGUACCCAUAGGAGACUCCAUAGCCCCAACUACAGGUUCAUGGAAUCCUAUUCUUAUAAACUGAAGAGAAAAUGAGGUCUGCAGAUGCUGGAGAUCAGAGAUGGAAAUGUGUUGCUGGAGAAGCGCAGCAGGUCAG